AUGUCCAACGCGGACCCGUUUCUCAUUGCCGCCGUUGGGCCGCCGCCACCGGGGAUUGACUUGGCGGAGGAUCACAGGACUGGGGGUAUCGUCUUGACUGUAAUACUACUCCUCUUCACCAUCCUCAUAGUUGUUUUGAGAUUUACCGCCAAAGGAGGCAAUGGUGCUCGCCUACAUGCAGAUGACUAUACUAUUCUGGUAGCUCUGGUAAUGUGCGUUGCCAUGGCUUGCAUCAAUAUUAUGGCCGGUCAGGCCGGAGCAGGGCUUCAUGUCUGGGCCGUAACUAAAGACAUGCUCAAUUCCGUCGCCAAAAUAACUUUCGUGUGUGCAUUCUUCUGGAUAUCGGCCGUAUCCAUCACAAAGCUUUCAAUCCUGCUGCUUUAUCGUCGGCUUUUUGCCGCCAAUAGAACACGAUUUCGAAUGUGGAUCGACUUUCUCGGGGUUGUUGUUGUCUGUCAUAUGAUGGUCAUUAUCGUCGUCAAUUUGAUAGCCUGCCGACCUUUAACAUACGUGUGGAGUCGUUAUACUCCUGGCGCACGCGGUACUUGUAUCAACCAGCCCGCAUAUGGGCUCAUCAGGAGUAUCACCAAUGCGUGUCUUGAUAUUGUCGUUCUUGCAACGCCUAUUCCCAGUAUUUGGAAACUCCAAGUUUCCGUCAAGAGAAGAUUGGUGAUUUGUGGCAUGAUGCUACUGGGCGGCAUAGUCUGCAUCGCAUCUUGGAUACGUGUUUACUAUAUCUAUCGAGGAACAAAAACAAUCGACUCGACCUGGGUGGGCGGGAAAAUCGCCACAAUGUCAUUCAUCGAAACCUCUCUGGGCAUUGUGUCUGCCUGUUUGCCGGUUAUGCGACCCUUGUUUUUGAAGCUUCAGAGGAAUUACAAGCUAUACAUACUGUCCCGCAAAACAUCUCAAGGCGACUCGAGCGCAUCCGUCACUGCACCUGCAUCUGCGCCUAAAGUCAGCCACCACGGGCACGAAGACACCAUCAAUCUCACGACUAUCAUUUCAGGAAGCGAUUCGUCUGAGAGACAGGAUUGCGAUAGGGUUGUUGUGCGUUCUGAAAUACGACAAGCAGAAGCUUUCGUAUAA